AUGCAUCAACCGCCACCCAAAACAACCACUCCUCACAACGCGCCGCCGCAAAUCAGCGUGAACGGAAAUCAACUGCAAGUGGUGGAGAACUUCCCGUACCUGGGCAGCACCCUCUCCCUUAACGCCAAAAUCGAUGACGAAGUCGCCAACAGGAUCUCGAAAGCCAGUCAAGCCUUCGGCUGCCUCCAAAGCAAAGUCUGGAACCGUCACGGUUUUCAAAUGAGCACGAAGCUGAAGAUGUACAAGGCCGUCACCCUGCCGACACAACUGUAUGGAGCGGAGACUUGGACGGUGUACACGAGGCAGGCACGCCGUCUGAACCACUUCCUCCCCAGUUGUCUCCGUUGCAUCCUGAGGCUGAACUGGCAGGAUCACAUCCCCGACACUGAUAUGCUGGAACAGACGGGAAUCCUCAGCAUCUACACCAUGCUGAGACAAAUGCAGCUGCGCUGGAGCGGCCACCUGGUGCGCAUGGACGACGAGCGGCUACCAAACGACUCUUCUACUGAGACGUCGCGACGAGUUCUCGCCGCCAAGGAGGCCAAAUUCGUCGAUAAAAGUAUACUCUUAAGUCCUCCCUGA